AUGGAGAAGGAGCCUCUACUUGGUGGACUGCCUCGUGAGGCCAAGUCAACCAAAUCGCGUUCUUUACUCAAAACCAUACGCGUGCUCGCAAUCACCUUUGCUGCCUCGUUUGGUACAUGCUAUUAUUUAACAGGCAAUUGGCCUCUUGACUAUCUUGUCUACUCACCAGCCGAGAGAGUCUUGAUCCGGAACCCUUUGAUUGACGGUCACAAUGAUCUCUUGAUCAGGAUGAGAGUCGACUACAAGAACCACAUCUAUGAUCCAGCAUUUACCGACAAGAUGGAAAAUGGUGGCCUGCAGGGCGAAACAGACAUUCCUCGCAUGAACCAAGGCAGACUUGGAGGUGCUUUCUGGAGUGCCUUUGUGCCCUGUCCGGCCAAUGGCUCUGACUUCUCUGAUGCUGCCUAUGCUCCUUAUGUCAAGACGACUCUUGAACAGAUCGAUCUCUUCAACCGCCUUACAGAUAUGUACCCGCGCUACUUCACUCCGGCUAAAGACUCAGCCUCGGCUCUGCGUGCCUUUGCCGCUCACCAGUUGAUCUCUCCUAUGGGAAUUGAAGGUCUACACCAGAUUGGCAAUUCUAUCUCGACUCUUCGCCUUUAUCAUCAACUUGGAGUCCGUUACGCAACUCUGACUUGGAACUGCCAUAAUGCAUAUGCCGACGCUGCUCUGGUCUCAAACUCCGACAAUGAGACCGUUGUCGCACCCCCACUAUGGGGUGGUGUCUCGCCUGCGGGCAAGAAGUUGAUCCAGGAGAUGAACAGACUAGGCAUGUUGGUUGAUCUUAGUCAUGUGAGCCAAAACACCAUGGCCCAUGUUUUGGGUCAAGGUGAAGAUGGCUGGCAAGGCAGCAUUGCACCACCAAUCUUCAGUCAUUCAAGCGCCUACUCCAUCUGCCCACAUCCUCGCAACGUCCCUGACCAUAUUCUUCCACACGUCAAAGCCAGUCGUGGCAUUGUAAUGGUCAACGCCAAUCCAGACUUUAUCAGCUGCCGCGCCUCGAAUAGCUCCUCUGGUCUGCCUGAGUUCGUGCCCGAGACCUCGACUUUGCAGCAGGUGGUCAAGCACAUCAAGUACAUUGGAGACAUGAUUGGCUACGAUCAUGUAGGGAUCGGUACCGACUUUGACGGCAUUGAGAGCACACCAAAGGGCUUCGAGGAUGUGUCCAAAUUCCCUGAUCUCGUGACCGAGAUGCUCAAGCAGGGUAUUAGCGAGCUGAAUGCUGGUAAAGUUGUGGGCAGAAACAUCUUGAGAGUCUGGGCUGAUGCCGAUGCUGUUGCUACUUGGAUGCAGAGAAAGGGAGUCUUACCACUCGAAGACGAUGUAAAGCAUCCUUGGGAAUGA